CGCAACGCGCCCUCUAAGGCAACGAUACGAGAAUUGAAGUGGGAGUUAACAACAAAUCUGAGAUUUGAUCGUCUCUCUCUCUUUCUCUCUGAGUGUUUCGCGGGAUGCUGAGAUAAAACUUGGUGGAAAUGGAGUCCCCCCUCCUGUUUUUGUAAGGUGUCCGAGGAAUUUAGGGGGAUAAUCCAGGGGUGUGCGCAGGAUUGGCGUAGUUUCACCGCUGGGGUGGCAACUUGGGACAGAGGCAGUUUUCACCUGCUAGCCACCGCACCAGCGAGAUCCAGGAAGCGCGGCAGAAACACCGGCUGAAAAUGUCCAUCGCCAACACGCCCACCAGCAACGAUGCCUGCCUGAGCAUCGUGCACAGCCUGAUGUGCCACCGGCAGGGUGGCGAGAGCGAGACGUUCGCCAAGCGCGCCAUCGAGAGCCUGGUGAAGAAGCUGAAGGAGAAGAAGGACGAGCUGGACUCCCUCAUCACGGCCAUCACCACCAACGGGGCCCACCCCAGCAAGUGCGUGACCAUUCAGAGGACUCUGGACGGGCGGCUGCAGGUCGCCGGGCGUAAAGGGUUCCCUCAUGUGAUCUACGCCCGCCUGUGGCGGUGGCCGGACCUGCACAAGAAUGAGCUGAAGCACGUGAAGUACUGCCAGUUUGCCUUUGACCUGAAGUGCGACAGCGUGUGCGUCAAUCCCUACCACUACGAACGAGUGGUGUCCCCCGGCAUAGACCUUUCGGGACUAACCCUGACCGGCUCUGGACCCAGCUCCUCGCUGAUCGUAAAAGAUGAGUACGAUUUUGACGGGCCUCCGAACCUCCCCACCGUCGACGGCGGACACUCCCUCCAGACCAUCCAGCACCCGCCGUCCGGCAGCCGCGCCCCGCAGACGGACCCCUAUCCCACCCCGAGCCUCCUCCCGCCCGCCGAGGCGUCCACGUCUGCCUCAACGCAGUCCUUCCCGGCGAUCCCCGCAGGAUCAGGCAGUGCCUCCUCCAGCUGGUCCAGGAACAGCGGUUUCCCCCCCAGCAUACCUCACCACACCAACGGUCAUCUGCAGCACCACCCUCCCAUGCCACAUCCAACACACUACUGGCCGGUACACAACGAGCUCGCCUUUCAGCCGCCUAUAUCCAAUCAUCCAGCUCCCGACUACUGGUGUUCCAUUGCUUAUUUCGAGAUGGACGUUCAAGUCGGGGAGACGUUCAAGGUGCCGUCCUCUUGCCCCGUCGUGACGGUGGACGGCUACGUCGACCCCUCGGGUGGGGACCGGUUCUGCCUGGGCCAGCUCAGCAACGUCCACCGCACCGAGGCCAUCGAGAGGGCGAGGCUUCACAUCGGUAAAGGAGUCCAGCUGGAGUGUAAAGGCGAGGGAGACGUGUGGGUACGAUGCCUCAGUGACCACGCCGUGUUUGUUCAGAGCUACUACCUGGACCGAGAAGCGGGCCGAGCCCCAGGAGACGCCGUCCACAAAAUCUACCCCAGCGCCUACAUCAAGGUGUUCGACCUGCGCCAGUGCCACAGACAGAUGCAGCAGCAGGCCGCCACCGCGCAGGCAGCAGCGGCCGCCCAAGCUGCCGCCGUGGCGGGGAACAUACCCGGUCCCGGAUCAGUCGGAGGAAUAGCUCCAGCAAUCAGUCUCUCUGCAGCUGCUGGCAUCGGGGUGGAUGACCUGCGGCGGCUGUGCAUUCUCAGGAUGAGCUUCGUUAAAGGCUGGGGGCCCGACUACCCGCGGCAGAGCAUCAAGGAGACGCCCUGCUGGAUCGAAAUCCACCUGCACAGAGCUCUCCAGCUGCUGGACGAGGUCCUCCACACUAUGCCCAUAGCGGACCCCCAGCCGCUGGACUGAGAGCCCCCUAAAGGCACUUUUAUCGCCCGAACGAACACGCGGGAAGUCUUCCUCGGUGGACUCCAGACUGUAAAAACAAACAAAAAAAAGUAAAUGUUUUUCAGGUGUAUUUGAGACAUCUUUGUGCACUGUGGCUCCAGCUGUUGGAGGGAGCAAAAGCCAUCUACUAAAAACUCUUUUUACAUGUUCAGUUGCAUGGCUUUAAUUUUAGGACCGUGUAGAAAAAGAGGUCACAGAGAAGUAAAACCCAUAUAUGGACGUGCACAUAAAGGAGCAGAUUGUUUUAAACUGGAACACCAGCUACCGACCGCCGGUAACCUCACUGAACUACGGAGGAGCUCCCCCCCCCCCCUGGUUUCCUCCUGCCGGUGUGGCUUUUACUGGGGGUGGCUUCAAAGCUGCAGGUCCCAGAAAGAGGCGGGGCCACUGGGACAGGGCGGGGUAGGCGGAGAAACAGGCAGAGUGCCGAGACGUGUCUGGACAUGUCCGGGUCAGCUGCUGUUGGUAAAGAUAACAUUCAGGUCUGUGCUGAGAAGACAGGAGUCUUUUAAUAGUCGUGGGGAAUUUUCAUGCAUACAAAGAAAAAUCAGUUUCUUGCAAAAGUAUUCAUACUUGGUCUUUUUUUUUUACAUUUUAUCUGUAUUUUACGCUUAAGACAGGAUACCGGGGUUUCCUACGUUGAUUUAUUUUUA